AUGUCGGUGACCCUGAUCGAGGCCAAGGAGCUGCUGGGCAGCUUUGAUGCCAGCCUCAGGGAGUAUGCGGCGCGCAAGCUCACGCGGCAGGGGAUCAAGCUGCGCAAGGUGGAGCCGGGGUCCCUGACGCUGACGGACGGCACCGUCAUCCCCUUUGGCCUCUGCAUCUGGUCGACUGGAGUCGGGCCCACGCCCUUCACGCUCAGCCUGCCCUUCGCCAAGACACAGGUGGGCCGCCUAGCUGUGAACGAGCGGCUGCAGGUCCUGGCGCCACCCAAGCAGGAGGAGGACGGCGGCGCAGUGCGCGCGGAGGGGCAGGCGGUCAAGGGGCCCGGCAAGGUGACGCCCCUGACAGAGGAGACCAAGCCCAUCACGCCAGCACCCGGCAGCGUCAAGGCCGAUGCGGCCGCCUACAGCAGCCUGCACCCAGUGCCGGACGUUUACGCGCUCGGCGACUGCUGCGCCAACCCGCACACCCCGCUGCCGGCCCUGGCGCAGGUGGCUGAGCAGCAGGGGCGCUACCUCGCCGCAAUGCUCAAUGAAGAGGCCAAGAACACGGGGGCUGAGCCGAAGGACUUUGUCUACAACCAUUUGGGAUCCAUGGCCACCGUGGGUGGCACCAGCGCCAUCCUAGAGCUGGGUUCAGGUAGCAGCAAGCGCCUGAGCGUCGCGGGCUUUGCCUCCUGGGUGGCCUGGCGCAGCGCGUACCUCACGCGGCUGGGGAGCCUGCGGAACAGGAUGAUGGUGGCCUUCGACUGGACCAUUACCAUGCUGCUGGGCCGCGACCUCAGCCGCUGGUGA